CGCGCGCUCGCCCUCAGCGUCGGCGCGCGGGAGGGCGCGGGGCCGCGCUGGGCUGGGGCCGCCGCGGCGGCGGCGGGAGGAUGGAUGCGGCGCGUCGUCUCUCGCCGCUCGGCAUCCUCUCCUGGGCGCGGCACGGGCUUCCAAAGCAGAUGAGUCCAGGACCUUAAGGAAUUUCGCGCAGUAGGUGCUGAACUAACUGGCACUGAAUGGAACAGAAAAAGAUGGCAGUCCAUAUUUGAAACAAUUAAACAAGUGGACUCUCGCUGAUAAGAAACCAUGUCAAAAAAAGGACGUAGCAAGGGCGAAAAGCCUGAGGCACUGAUUGUUGCCCUACAGGCUGCCAAUGAGGAACUCAGGACCAAGCUAACGGACAUUCAAAUUGAGCUGCAUCAGGAGAAAUCUAAGGUUGCUAAACUCGAAAGGGAGAAGACUCAAGAAACUAAGCGUAUCCGUGAGGUGGAGCAGCGCAAGCAGACUGUGCAGAUCACAGAGCUAAAAGCCAAACUCCAUGAAGAGAAAAUGAAGGAGCUGCAGGCUGUGCGAGAGAACCUCAUCAAACAACAUGAGCAGGAGAUGACGCGGAUGGUGAAAGUCCGAGACAGUGAAAUCCAGCGCCUCAAGUCAGCGCUGUGUGCUCUGCGGGAUGGGAGCAGCGAUAAAGUAAGGACAGCGCUGACUAUUGAGGCUCGUGAAGAGGCCAGAAAACAGUUCGAUUCCGAGCGCCUUAAGCUUCUGCAGGAAAUUACUGAACUGAAGUCUGCCAAAAAGCAGGUAGAUGAGGCCCUUAACAAUAUGAUCCAAGCAGAUAAGAUCAAGGCGGGGGAUCUUCGGAGUGAGCAUCAGUCCCACCAGGAAGCCAUUUCCAAGAUCAAAUGGGAGAGUGAAAGGGAUAUUCGCCGCCUGAUGGACGAGAUCAAAGCUAAAGACAGGAUCAUAUUUUCCUUGGAGAAAGAACUGGAGACACAAACAGGCUACGUGCAGAAGCUGCAGCUGCAGAAGGAAGCUCUGGAUGAACAGCUCUUCUUGGUGAAGGAGGCAGAGUGUAACAUGAGCAGUCCCAAGAGAGAGAUCCCAGGAAGGGCUGGAGAUGGUUCGGAGCACUGCAGCAGCCCAGACUUGCGCAGAAACCAGAAGAGGAUAGCAGAGCUGAAUGCCACAAUACGGAAGCUAGAAGACAGGAACACGUUGCUUGUUGACGAACGAAAUGAACUGUUGAAGCGUGUCCGAGAAGCUGAGAAACAAUGUAAACCUCUUCUGGAAAAGAACAAGUGCCUCACGAAGAGAAAUGAUGAACUUAUGCAGUCUUUGCAGCGCAUGGAAGAUAAAUUCAAAGCAGUCACUAAAGAAAAUAUAGAAAUGAGAGAAAAAAUGACAUCACAUCCUCCUCUAAAGAAAUUAAGAUCUCUCAACGACCUGGAUCAGGCUAAUGAGGAACAAGAAACUGAAUUCUUGAAGCUUCAGGUCAUAGAACAACAGAACAUAAUUGAUGAGUUAACAAGGGACAGGGAGAAACUUAUUCGUCGCAGGAAGCAUAAAAGAAGCUCAAAGCCAAUUAAGAGACACGUGGUGGAUACAGUUUUUGGGUACGAUGAUGAUUCCAUGGAUUCUGAAACAUCCUCUGUGGCCUCAUAUAGAACAGACAGAACACCAGCAACCCCAGAUGAUGAUCUGGAUGAGGGUUUAGCAGCGGAAGAAUCAGAGCUGCGGUUUCGGCAGCUGACAAAGGAGUACCAGGCCCUGCAGAGAGCGUAUGCACUGCUGCAAGAGCAGACAGGAGGCAUCAUAGAUGCUGAAAGAGAAGCCAAGGCUCAGGAGCAGCUCCAAGCUGAAGUCCAGAGGUAUAAAGCCAAAAUAGAAGAUCUGGAGAAAACUUUGGCACAGAAAGGGCAGGACUCGCACUGGGUGGAAGACAAACAGCUUUUCAUUAAGAGGAACCAAGAGCUUUUAGACAAGAUAGAGAAACUGGAAGCAGAAAACCACCGUCUGCAACAGGAGCUGCAGGAUGCUCGAGACCAGAAUGAGCUGCUGGAGUUCCGCAACCUUGAGCUGGAGGAGAGAGAGAGACGGUCCCCACCAUUUAAUCUCCAGAUUCACCCAUUCUCAGAUGGUGUGAGUGCUCUACAGAUCUACUGCAUGAAGGAAGGGGUUAAGGAUGUCAGCAUCCCAGACCUCAUAAAGCAGUUAGACAUCCUAGGUGAUAAUGGGAAUUUAAGAAAUGAAGAACAAGUGGCCAUAAUUCAGGCUUCCACUGUAUUGUCCUUGGCAGAAAAGUGGAUCCAGCAGAUCGAGGGAGCUGAAGCUGCUCUGCAUCAAAAAAUGAUGGAAUUGGAAAGUGAUAUGGAGCAAUUUUGCAAAAUAAAAGGCUAUUUGGAGGAAGAAUUAGACUACAGGAAGCAAGCUCUUGACCAAGCAUACAUGAGGAUCCAGGAGCUUGAAGCCACCUUGUACAAUGCUUUGCAGCAAGAAACGGUGAUAAAGUUUGGGGAACUACUCACUGAAAAACAGCAGGAAGAGCUGAGGACAGCAGUAGAAAAGCUAAGACGUCAGAUGCUGAGGAAGAGCAGAGAAUAUGAUUGCCAGAUUCUUCAGGAGAGGAUGGAGCUGCUCCAGCAGGCUCAUCAGAGGAUCCGAGAUUUAGAAGAUAAAACUGACAUCCAAAAGAGACAAAUUAAGGAUCUGGAGGAAAAGUUUCUGUUUCUAUUCUUGUUCUUCUCUCUUGCCUUUAUUCUUUGGCCUUGAUGUCAAUGUGCCUCUUGGAAAGAGUGCCCGACCACACAGAUAAGUCCUUAUAAAGGCAAAUGCUUCCACCCCCCAACGAAGAGAACAUUGUUUACACCUAUUUUAAAAAGUAUAAAAAUGAACAACUUGUAGCCAAGACUGCAACCACCUUGUAUUUUAAAGCCAUCACUCAAGAUUUGUUACUUGACAGUUCCUGUCUAAAGCUAUGAUAUAUGCUGCAUCUAAUGAAAUUCUGUAUGUUGAAUUUACAAAAGGGGAAGAAAAAUAAACUCUGAACCUACAUCACUUAGUAAGAACUUAAUGGGAAGGAACCACUUUCAGCUGAUCAAGUCAGUGUGUCUUGGGCAUGGAACCAAAGUUACAACAGAAAAAUCUAUCCCUGCUGUGCAGGGCAAUCGUUUAAAUGUGACACUGUCAUCCCACGAACGGAUCAAAAGUUAACAGGACAGAGGAGGAGAAACACGAGCUGUGGAGAGAUGCUGACAACAAGGCAUUCAGUCGGAACUGUCUGGCUUUUCACUGCAGGGACUCCUUCUCUCCCUCUUUGGUUUUAACCUCAGGAACAAAUGACAGCUGCAAUGUGGGGGGAAAGGAAAAAAUGCAUUCUGGCUUAUUGCAGGAUGGGCAGGACAGGGCACCACGUUUUGCGCUUGUGACCACAACAAAGCACCACCCAACUCAACAAAAGGAGGGGAGAAGAGGGUGCCUGCGGAAGGAGGAUUUAUGACAGAGUUGUCGCCUUAUCUCUCCUCACACUCCCUCCAUGAAGAACAGCCUGUCUAUUGUCAGAUACUUUUCAUAUUCUUUAAAGGCUGCCAUUGAGAUAACAAUAACCAUACUUGAUUUUACUAUUUGAAUAAUACACUGAGGAUCACUGGAUUGGACCUACAGAGUAGCUUCUGAGAAAGAAAUGUGUUGGAGGACAGAGGGGGGAAAAAAGCCAACCCCCUUGUCCAUGUGGUAUGAUCCACAAAGCAUCAGCUUCCAACUGUUUUGUCCCAGCCUGGAACAAAUGUUUUGGUUUGGCUUGUCAAACUGAUUUUGUUAGCUGGCUUCCUGAUCAAUGACACACAAACCAAAAAUGGGGAAAAGCUGUGUGAGCACAUCCUUAUUAGAAGUAAGAAGUAUCACUAGUAUGUCUAGAUUUUUCCACAGCUAAGAAUAACUAGUAGUAGUUUGCAUUUCAAAGCAUUUCUUACCUCUCUCGUCACAAAGCCUGGAACCUAGUCCUGGUGCCUCCCCGAGGCAUCCCCAGUCCGUGCCCCCUGAGUCAGGCAGAAACAGCCCCGAGGAGCGGCAUGGCUGCAGCGAACCUUGCGGAGGUCCUGUGUCUGUGCCCGUCUUCCCUUUCCUCACCCGUGUGCUGGAUGCGCUAUGCGUGACAACGUGCUUCUCUGUGCCUCUGCUUUCAUUUCCCUGGAAGUGGAGUUGUGCCUGUUUAGACUUCAGGCUCCUGUGGCAAGGCUCCUUCUUUGAGCUGUGUCUUCCACGAUGGAGCCUUAAUUUUAACUGGGAGAAAUGGAUGUCUGUAUUACACAAUAGAAAACCCAGGGCCAGAAUACAGCCUGUGCAUUACUCAAACCUUCAAAACAGGGCUCACGUGUACCAACAUCUUACGCACACAGACUCUGCCCAUCAGAAGCUUUAAAAGUGCUUUACAAAGAGUCUCUCCUUUGUUUGCCUUUUUACUUUUACAGAUGAAGCAACUGAGGCACAAAGCAGUGAAGUAACCUGCCACAGCAACUCAGCAGGUCAAAAGCAGUUCCUCAGCCAUAGCAGGGAUGAAGUUCCUUUAGCAUCAUGGAUGCCUGCCCCUCGCAGAUAUUUUUUGGCCAGGAUAGCUUUGAAUCAUUAAUGUCCAUUCACCCAACUGGAUUGCAGUGCUGGCUCCAUUUCCCCACAAAGACUCCUAACAUCCUCAUUUCUUGCAUGCCCUGAGAUUGUGUUAAGCCUUCCAUCAAAGGUUAAAAGCUAUUAGCAAGUGAUUUUUUUCCUGCUCCUUAAAAUUAAUUUAAAUUGCAGAAUGACCACAUCUUCUUGAAGCAGUCUGUUUCAGUCAAGGGGUUUACUGAAUUCUGCACCAGCUGUAUGUUUGUUGAUUCAUUUUUUUAAAAACAGGCCUGUAGGCAAAUAUGUUAAAUGAAUACAGGUACGUUGUGUGUUCUCUGUUCAAAUUCUUUUUCACCUGCAGAAGAAUCCAUGGAUAAGGUUGGCCCAAAUCUACAUGUGCUUUCCAAGAGUGCUGCCAGCAGUUCAGGCCUUCAGGCCCUUUGGGAGUUUCAUCCCACACCUGUGACAGCUUUAGAUCACUAAGCGACUUUACUCGUUAGCUACAAAAAGGGGGUUUUCCUCUCUGGUUAUUCCCUCUUCUCCUUCACUCUUUUGCAGCACUGUUUCAUUUCAUACCACUUGACUGCAGUGUCCUGCAAGUAAAUACAGGUUGGCAGCCGUUUUCCCUAGCAUUAGGGUCAGCAAUUAAAACAUUGAGCUUUUCCUGCAGAAGAAUGAGCGGUACCUGUUUUCCAUGGUGGUGCAAUAACCUCCACCUCAGCUUUGGCUAAAAAACCGAGGAGGCCUAGAAGCAUUUGUUUGAGGCAACUAUAAGGAAGGUUCCUGGCACAGAUAGAAAUAAUCUCGUUUCAGAACGUACCUGACUGAUCUCGUGGCGGGCUUCAUCAUUUAGGCCCUCUGAGCAGUGUUGUGCAUGUCUCAUUUAAUUUCUCUUUUUUGCCCCAUUUCCUCUCCUUUACUCCUACAUAUACAUAUGCAUGCAGGGGCUCCAUUUCCAAGGGCUCGGGGUGGGGGGUGGACAAUGCACAGCUUCCCUUGGUCUGCAAACUUGUAAGAGAUUGCUGUACUCCCUCCAGAGAGCUCAGCAGCUGCCGCGUUACUCUCCUUGCAGCAUAUACAUAAGCCAUGCCUGAAACACACUUGCUGAUACGAGUAAUACAAACUUCCUGCUGUCAGCUAGAUCAAAAUGAAUUUGAUGUUUGUGUAUAUAUAUAUACAUGUAUCUAUAUAUAGUAUAUAUGUAUAUGUACAUAUAUAUACAUAUAUAUGCAUAUAUCUAUGUAUUCCCUAUUGUAUAUAGUAAAUUGUUGCUAUAGCAUAUGAAAAUAUACUUCCAAUCUAGGUAUGGGGAACUGAAUCUAGACUUGUUUAGCUGCCACAACUGCUACGCUCCUCAUGGUUUAGUUUUACAUCUCAUGGGCAACUGGUUUUUGGAUCUGUUUUUCUGGAGUCUUCCCCCUUCUCCGUCCUGAAGCUGUUUAUCCAGGGCUUUCUGCUGUUCCUGACCUUCACUGAGGCAAAGUAUUGAGAAUCCUCCCUCAAAUCAGUCACUGCAGCCAACCUCCCCUCCCCAAAACCAAGCACCAAAAUAAAAAUCAAUUUAUUGCAGCCUUGGAGGACAGCAAGUACAGCCCUGGAUUCCUCCCCUCCCUGGCCCUGGGCUGCAGCAGAAUUCCAGCGCUCCCGGCCAUCCAUACAUGUAACGUAGUGCAGGUCAGCUUGACCAAAACCGGACUGGCUGCUUUUUCUCCACUGACCAACCAGGAGAUUUUGAAGACUAUUCUUUCGAUUUAAGCACUUCAGACGGAGGCCUGGCUAGGUGAGAUUAAUUUAGGCAAUGGGGGUUGCAGAAGGAGAUGGGGCUUCCUGCAGGGUUAUCAGCCUGGCUCACAGCUCAAUCCUCUCUCGUUGAUCUGCGCGGAGGACGAUGGAGACUUUGCCUGUCGAUGUGCUUCAUUUUCCAGCUCCCUGCCCUCGUCUCGGUGGGAAACAUCCUCUGAACCCCAAAGCUUUCCCUUCCGUGGCAUCCCAUGAGGACUCAAUUGGCCAGGCGCUCCUUCUCCCUAGGGCAAGGUUCAACAAACAGCCACACAGCUGCUGGUGAUUCAAAGGGAUUUUUCUUUUCCCCUGCCCUCCCUCACAUCAGCACCUGUGUGUUUUUAUAUGUACUUUUUGUUCCCAGUUUUUUUGGUGUCUAUUCCAGAGCAGAAUUGUAAAUGACUCGGCAGAAUAACCCUUUGAUAAACACUGGACAUGUAUCUGUACUAUAUGUAUUAACGUGUAGAAGAGAAUCCUUAUUGUAUGUAAAGUUUUAUGAAUGGUUAUUUUUUAAUUUAUGUAUUUAAUAUAGGAUUCAAUGACCUCUGGUGUUUUAGUUUGUAAAAAAUAA